UUAGACGAGCGGCAACAUUCAUCCGGACGCCGUCGCGCCGGGGACGUUUCAGUCGGCGUUCUAGCCGCGUUCGUAACCGGCCAAAUCUAUCUUCCGUCGGCCGGGAAUUAUUCGUAAUCAUUCGCAUUACGUUACGACGAGAAUUAAUACCCUGAAGCUGACUAAGGGUGCGUCGGACAAUUUGUGCUGGGUGAGAGAAAGGUGACACGAAGGGGUCGUGAACUCUCGCUUCUCUGGAUCUUCGACCUGCUUGUAUUCUACUCACGGCUGCGUUUCAAGUGGAGAGGAAGAGAUUAUUGUAGCAGACGUCCAGAGAAUUCGUAAGGAACACUCUGGCUACUAUAGUUGUUUCAAGCGGAGAGGCAGAGAUUAUUGUUGGAGACGCCGAGGUUUCUGGCCGACAAGUGAAACAACGGAAAAAUGCCUGUGGGAGGACGAGUCGCUGGCAAAGUUGGGAUUUACAGCUCCCAUUAUAAUGGAAAAGGCUACAGUGGUAUUAACGAGGAGAUCAUGUGGAUCAGCAUCGGGAUGGGGAUCACGAUCGCCGUACUGAUCACCAUUGCUCUGUGCUACAUCGCCCGUGAGAAAUGCCGGAAACGACACGAGGGCUACUACGCUUCCUGACGGACGCUGCCGCCGCCCUCGUGGGCCUCUUGGUCCUUCUCACCAUCGACACCUGGCGUCUUUUUCAGCCCGACCACGUCGAGAGGUAAACCGAGGGCGUACUAUAUCACCGUAUAACGCCGAGAUCUGGUGACUAAUACCUUGCUUUCGGCUCGAGCAAGCUGACGUUUCACCAUGAACGAGAAAUCGAACGACGACUCUCUUAUCCCUCGACUUUUUUUAUCUUUCCCCUCCCUAUUCGUCUCUUUCCUUUCUUUUUUUACUUUUCCUGUAUCCUUCGACUAGUCUCAUCCCAUUUAACAGACACAAGAAAAGAAUAUAACAAGUCGAUCAAUGUGCACCUGUGAAUCUUCGUGCCACUCAAUGGCUAGAAAGAAGUAUUUUCGAAAAUACGUAGACGAUAAGUCCACGUUGUUCUACCAGUAAUUUACUUUCAAUCGUAACUAAGCAAUAUUUCAUACUUACGGAUAUGGUAUUCUCGAAGAGAAAAAAAAAAGGAGGAAAUACAUCUCCAUGAUCGCUCAAAAUUCUACAGAACCGCGAAUUUUCCAAGAAAAUUAGAAGCUUGUCGUAGAUUUGAUAUGGAAAUUGAAAACCAAGUAAGAAUAUAACGUUGAGCUCGUGUAAGGUUAAUUAAACAGCGUACUUCGAAUUUCGAUAUCGCGCUGCGUAUGAAAUCCAAGAUAUGUAAGUUAUCGUAUCUUGCUGCUGCGACUUUUCGUUCGGUCUGUCUGUGCGCUCGUUCGUCGCGGAAUAAACAUCAGAUUGCUCCUACCGAAUCCUCGAAUUUAUCGAGUCGAAACUCGACCAUGAUUUAUGGAGCGUGUGGAGUAAUCGCUCGAAAGAAGAAGAAAUCGGAGGAAAGCUCGGGUAAUUCCGUUUGAUCGACUGGAUAAUUAACCGAAUUCCUUCCGUUGAUGGCGUUGUUACAGGCAAAUUUUAAGCACAGAUUUCUAUGCUUUAUUGGAAAUUCAAGGCUUUUUGGGUAAUUGAUUCGACAGAACGGACGUCGAAAUUAAUUCGACUUUGUUUGCGAGAACAGGUUUUGAAACUGGAUCGUAAUGAGAUUGUUACGAAAUCGGUUGCUAUGUGAUUUGGGGAUAAUUGACAUGCACCGUUGUUCGUGAGUUACUAGGAUAUUUAUGAAACACGAGGAAUAUUUGCAGCGUUAUUUCGUUAAAUACGAUGGGAAUUCGUACGAUAAAUUCGACAUCACGUAAUCAAACCUAUUCUGUAAAACGCUAUUCACCUGUUAAUUUUCUAAUUAUUCUAUUUUAUUAUAUAGAAUCGAUCAAGUUUGUACAAUACAUCUGAUACCUUAUAAUCGAAUUUACUGUACAAAAAUGUGUCUCUCGUAUAUUAAUUUCUCAAGCCAGUUGCUCUUUCAUCAAACGUAACGUAACGUACGAUUGACGUACGCUCUUCUUCAUAGAGAUUAGGGUACUUAUGGAAAAUGAGAAAUAUCUAAGGAGUUAUCAAGGAAUUAUUUCAACUUUUAAGGACUACCGUUUCAUUUAAAGACUGGGACUAAAAAAAAAAAAAAAAAAUCACGUAUAUUUAAUUAUAUGUCUGCCACUAUUUCAAGUUUAAAUUAGAUCCAUGACUUCACAUACGUUUCUGUUCGUAAGUGUUAGGGUAUUUAUAGAAAAUAGAGAAUAUCUGAAACGUUCUUUCGACAUUGUUUAAACCUUUAAGAAACAUUGCCGAUUAAAUUUAUGGCUCAACGAUAUCUUUGCUAUUCCCUUGCUGAAUAUCUGCAAAAUAUCUUAAAAGUAGGUUGAAUAAUUUCAUUGCAUAAAGUCGUUGUCCAAUUUCAAGGGAAAUUUCUCAAAAUUGCUGUCCAAAUCCCGAUAUUUUCCAAGAGAUUCUAUGUAACGAACGUUAUUUCUCUUUCUUGCCCUAUCCUUUUAAUUCCACGUAUGAGUCGAUUGAUCGUGCAUUCGAGCUGAUUGCAUUCCAAGCAAUAAAACAUUUCCAUGCCAUUGAAGUGGUAAAGUCAAUCGGAUAAUCGAGAAAGUUAACGACAGUGCCGGUCUAAUAGGAAAAUGUGUUAAAUCGCGCUUAGAACGAUGCGAUUUGCAUUAAAAUUGCUGGACAAAUGAAACGGUAUUUCGUUCGAUAGAACGUGUCAUUCGUUCGCCAUCUACGCACACAGAUAAAAGACAAUUUCCAGAAAAAUAAGCGCACCGAAUCGUGAAGCUGAGGUAAUCGAGUUUCGUGAUUGUACAGCACGAACAUCAGACAUCUCACAUAUGUUGAGUCAACAUAAUCCUAAAAGAAGAAAAUUUCGAAAAAAAUCCCAUCAAUUUCAUGUCGUAUUUCCAAGGAAUAACAUAAAUAUCUUUCAGCUAAAAAUGGUAGAAGCUGACUUUAGAUGUUUCGUGACUUUUGCCACGGUCCUCUCGCCUGAUUCAAGUAAAUUCUAAUAUCCGAAAUUUGCUCGUAUUUUGCAAAAUUACAAGCCAGUCGAUUAUCCUGUCUAGCUCGAUGUUAAUAUCGUAAAAUUGACAAGAAGCAAUUUAUAAUCUACAAUUUGUAACUGGGAAAAAUCCAAGUAGGAAAAUAGAAGAAAUUGAAGAAUAAUGAAAUUCAGUGGAGUAAACUGUAACGAAACUUCCAUUCUCGUUUUGCAAUAUCCACUACGUUUCAAUAGAUAAUUGCAAUAACUCUUCGGGAAUGUUAUUCUUUUUAUAUUUACGAGAUAAAUAAAAAUGUCACGAGAUAUCCAAAAAUAUAACAAUUUCAAAAAAUAUGAACCACCAUUUGACUAGAAAAUACAUUUGACGCCUACAUACAGUGUAUUUAUGUAUAGAUUCUUUUUUUUUUUUUUAAACAAAAGAGCUUCUCGAUUAUUACGUAAGAGGGCCCAGCAUCUUCUUAAUUUAAUAUCGAACGUCGUCGAAGCGAUUCUGAAACAGUCGCAAAAAGUUUUUAAACGAAUGUUCUCAUCUUCUCAAAUCAUUUCUGGACGUCGUUUCGUCUUCGAGAAACCUCGUCGAUUCUAUUCAAACCGCGGAAAGGCUGGUCUCUCCAUUUCCACGUUUCAUCCAUUCUCGUGCUUUCACGAAACGACUCAAUUUUACAAGAAAAAAAAAAAGUCUCGCCUGUCGCCAUUCGCUCGGAUGGACAGCAACAACUUCCGGUUCAAGGUUAAAAAGUCUCACGGAACUAACCAAUUCGUAAUAAAUUCGCAAAUUUUCAUCCACCGUUGUCCGCACACGCGUCAAUUUUUAGACAAACCCCUUUUUUGGCAAGGAACGCGACAGUCAAAUUUACGACUGAGAAAGCUUUGCCAAACGGCGACAAUCGCUGCAGCAACGUUGGUUUCCGGGGCUUUUAUUCCGCUACCUUUCAGCUCCGUUGGCCCUGGAAAUUUCAGACCUGGAAAAUGCUCAUUUGCGAACGCGCGAAUGUCGAUUCGUGGUCAAAGGGAGGAUUUGGACCAUCGAUUCGGUUGAUAUUUCACGCGUAACUGGUACAGCGUGCGCGAUGUAUUUGAUUUAAAUAUCACGUGCAGUUGAUCGACGAAAAUAUUCCCACGCUUUUAUCCUGUUCGAUGUUCGAUGACCAAAUAUUCCUAGUUUCUUAGCUCUUUGAUUAUCAAAAAUUGAAGAGAGUUCUUCGCGUGAAAGUUGCUCGACUUCGUGGAAGAAGCUUAAUGGUAUAAGAAAUUCACUUUAUCAACUGUAGUUUACCAGAGUUUUAAUAUCAGGUAAAACGAUAAGAAGCAUUUAAGAAGAUGGAAUAGACUUCACUCUCAAUUUCGGUCGCUUGCACGUAUAAAUAGCGGUUGAGUUCUUUUUUCUUCUUUUACUUUACUAUUCUUUCGCACGAUAUACAAUGUGUUUUCUAAUUAACGGUACAGUCGCACAAGGAUAAAUCUUGAUGGUGAUGAAUGAAAAAGUCGAUAAUGUAGAAUGCAACCUCUUCGUUCGAGGUUUCGUUUUCGUAAGCAUCGGUUUUACGUAGAUUUCCUUCGCGUUUCUUAAAUUUAAACAAACAAUAGAUCAACUUGAAUCCAAAUUGAGAUAUUUUCGGACGAUUGACAUCGAAAUUGACUUUGAACGGAAAUACAGAUAAAAAGAAAGUUUCUAUUAACUCGAGAUAACCGAGUGAAACUAUUAGAUUAUUAGAAUAUCAGAUUGGAAUUCUAAUUGCGACAGCAAACUUCCUACGACAUUUCCUACGCUCGGAACAUGCAUUAUGCAUACCACGUACCAUCUGUCUGCAGAAUUUCAGCUAAAUCGUUGAAUGCAUCGUGAAAUUCCUUCGUGAGAUUUUUUAAAGCUUCGAGAAACACCACGACCGACCGUUCCUUCCUUUAAAUUAAAAUCUCUACCUGCCGAUACGCGAUUCUUCUUUUACGCGCGUAUGAAACAACGAUGAUCGAUCCGAGAUUAAAUCAAAAGUUCGAAAUAAAUUGCUGGCAUGUAUAAUUUUAUUGGGCUGCUCGGGAAAUUCGUAGCGAAUUUUAAAGAGUACUCGAAGAUCGUAUCUACAUUAGCACGAAAUUAGCAUUUUAUCGCACAGUAAAUGCAGCUUUCGCAACGUUUACGCAUUAUUUCGCUGCUUGGUCCUUGAUAGACUGAUGCGUUUAAUUGAUCCAACUAGAAGUAACAUUUACCAAAGUAGCUCUCCGAUGCGAACCGUGUAACUUCGAAAGAAAUAUCUUAACGUUACGCGAAUAUUGUCGAAGAUUAUUUCUUUGAAAUAUUUCUUUCGAAGAGACGUCGUUUUCACCGGAAAGUCUUAAUUUUGACAAAUGUGUAACACUCUUCCGAUCUUAUUAGAUACGUAGAUUACGAAAUGUAAUACACCUACUGCCAUAAACGUUAGGAAUUUAUCGAGCAACCCAGUAGGCUGCGAAUUUUUACGCGUUUAGGAAAAAUGCUUUAAAUCAAAGAAUACGCACAGUGCAGAGAACGUGUAAAAAUGUAGAAAAACGUCUCGAGUAUUCAUCCUAGAUAGCAUUCAACAGAUGAAAUAUAUUUUUACACACAUUUCAUUCCUUUAAUCGUAUUCGUGAAAAUAUUAAUUUUUGUAAGUAUCAUGAAUGAUACUCUAUGGUUGUUAAACGAUGGUAAUUAAUAAUAAAAAAAAAAAAAGAUAAUACAACGUCUAUAAACCGUGGCGCUGAAGCUGAUUUCAAAAUCGCUGAUUUGAUACGAAGUAAUAAUAAAUUACGAACGUUCGAUUAAUCCUGCGUGAAAUCGAGUAUCUUCCGAUGUAAGAGGAUUAAAACGACGAUCGAUCAUCGGUGUUCGAGUUUCAAAAGCACAGACAAAUCGAUACUUUCUGCACCGACGUCUAAAUGUUUAUCGAUAGUUAAAAAAAAAAAAAAGAAAAAAAAGAAAGAUGAAGAA